UGAGUAUUAGAUUUGAGUCUCUAGUUUUUAGUUUUUUAGUCUUGAAUAGUUAACAGCGAGUAGAAUUGGUCCUAAGAAACUAUGGUCAACAUGAUCAUCGCUCGAUGGGUCACUCUUAAAAUUUUGUUUAUCUUCUUAUUUCCCUGGAUUGUUCACGCUUCAUUUAUUCACAAUUUGGACGUCAGGAAGGAACGAGUCUUUACAAAUUCCCCAAAAUCCUAUUUUGGCUAUAGUUUGAGCGCACAUCGUUUAACCGAAACACCAGCAGAAUGGUUGGUUGGGUCGCCAGGUGAAAAUGUAUUUCAAGGAGCGGUUUAUAAAUGUAAUACUUCAGUUGACCUCGAAGCUGGUUUCCUUUGCAAAAAAGUUAGAAUAAGCUCACUCAGUGAACGGAUAACCUUAGAACCAGUCAAAAAUGGGUGGUUUGGUGCCACCGUUGUUAGCAACCGAGAGUUUUCUUUAUUAUGUUCACCUCGUGCUGGAUCCCAGGCUGAAGGGGAAUGCUUCACAAGUGAAAAUAAUCUUCAAAGCUUUAGCAAAGUUAAACUUUUUCUUCCACGGCGUGUUUGUUUGUCCGGAUUUUCAGCAACAUACAUGACAACUGCGAAGGGUUCGCUGAAGCCUCUCCUUGGAGGUCCAACUUGCCUCAAGGAUGACAAACCAAAUGAUGUAGCGAGUUUGCUUUAUCCAGCGGCUUAUCCAUUCUUGGAUAAAUGGUAUCUAGGUUACGCCAUGGCAUCCGGAACGUACGGAAUGCGCAAGUUUGGACAAGAGUUCCUGCUCGCCUCUGUUGCUUUCCACAUCAAUUCAUCCUUUGCUGGAAAGGUAUACAUGUUAAACAAAGACACUAAAAAGGAGAUAGAAAGUUUAGUAGGAUACCAGCCAGGUGAGCACUUUGGAGCUUCGCUAGCCGUAUCGGAUUUCACGGGUGAUGGCAGGGAUGACAUUGUCGUCGGCGCUCCUCACCACACCGAUUACAACGGUACCGAACUUAAAGUUGAAAUUGGCGCCGUCUACAUUUACUAUCAAACAUCAAAGAACACCUUUGAUAGCCAAGAUAGACCUCAAGAACUCAGAGGGCUAACAUCCGGUAGUAGGUUCGGGUAUGCUGUGGCGGCGAUUGGCGAUACUAAUGCGGAUGGAUUCAACGACUUGGCUAUUGGGGCACCGUACGAGAACGACGGACUUGGGACAGUUUAUAUUUAUCAAGGGUCAGAGAACGGCCUGCGAGAUAACCCUCAAAUCAUUUCCGGAAAUAUGUUUAGUCCGCAUCUGAAAACGUUUGGAUUUUCCAUCGCGGGAGGUGAUUUCGAUGGGAACAAAUAUAGUGAUGUAAUCAUCGGUGCCUACGAGUCUGCCGCUGUUGUUUACAUCCCCGCUCGUCCAAUAGCCAAAAUAACCAGCGACCUAAAUUUCGUCUCCAAAAUCAUUAAACUACAGCAGACGAGUAAAUGCUCCAUCACUAAUUCCACCGAUGGUGUAACCACCAUCCCGGUAGCUUGCGAAGACAUCAGCUUCUGUAUAACAUACUCCGGUUCGAGUGUCGAGAAAGAAAUGGAAUUUCGGGUCUCAAUAGUACUGGAUUUCAACGCCGAAAAGGACAACAGCCGAAUCUUAUUCUUAGAAAACAAUCGCAAUCAAUUAUUUCGAGAAUUGAAUUUUACGUCAGGAUCGAAGAAAUGUCUAACUAAUACCAUCUACGCCAUACCUGGCAUCCAAGAUUUCGCUUCAACCGCCCAAGCGAAAAUGACUAUUGAGCCGGUUGACAAAACAACAAAACCUAAUCGGUUGUUGCCUAUCUUCUCCAAGGAAAAUAGCAACAUCAUUAGCACCAACUCACUCACUUUCAUGAUUGACAGUAAAGCAAACGCGGUUGUCGAUGCUAUUCCAUGGUGGGUUUAUGUUGCCAGUGGCUUGGGAGCCUUUCUCAUACUCGCAAUCAUUACGGGCAUUUUGUACAAGUUGGGAUUUUUCAAAAGGAAAAAGCCACCCACCCAACAAACCGAUGGAGAAGAAUUGACAAAGGCCGACGAUUCACAAAAGGAAACUAAUUCUUGAUAAAGAGUCUCAUAGCGUUAUUCUUUAAUUUCAGUUAAGAAUUUUAUCGCUUUAAUUUCAUUUUCUAUAAAGUCUGUUAUUGAUGUUGAUCCAAUAGUGGAAAAAAGUACAAGGUUAAGCUUA